ACUGUCAGGACGACACAGUGAGCAGGUGUGUUUAACUUUUAGGCUAGAUAAAUCCUGAUUAUUUCUAAAAUUUUCUUAUUCUCUCCUUUUUUUGUGUCAUUUGUUUUACACUUUUCUUCUCAGUCAGAGAUUUUUUUUUCUCUCAUCAUGCGGAGUUUAGCUGCGGCGAUCCUCCUGCUUUCGCUUCUAAAAGUGUCCGUGUGUAUUCAGGUGAUUGUUCCUCAGGAGCAGCGCAGCACAGCUCUGUUUGCCUCAGUGACCCUGCGCUGUGACUUCUCCACCUCUGCAAACCUGCAGGAUGUUCUGGUCACCUGGAGGUACAAGUCCUUCUGCAAGGACCCCGUGCUGGAGUACUACUCCACAGCAUACCAGUCUGCGCUCCAGCUGGGACAGGACCCGUCGAAUGACUGUCCAGACCGUCAGCGGACAGUGCGAGUAGUGAUCCAGAAGAGAGGAUCCAAUGAGCCGACACUGGGCGCAGAAUACCGUGAGCGCAAGAUCACCAUCCAAAACAAGGCAGACCUGGUGAUCAAUGAGGUGAUGUGGUGGGAUAACGGGGUGUACUUCUGUGCUGUCGAAGCUGCUGGAGACACCUCUGGAGACAAUGACAAAGAAGUCAAACUCAUCGUUUACCACUGGUUAACAGUGUUGUUCAUCAUCAUCGGAGCGCUCCUUCUGAUCAUCCUCUUCUGUAUCUGCUGCUGCCAGUGCUGCCCUCAGAGAUGCUGCUGCUAUGUUCGCUGUCCCUGCUGCCCGCAGCAAUGCUGCUGUCCUGAGAAAGCGGUGAUGCAACAUCGCAUGAUGAAGGAGGCUCAGAGGGCCAUGGCUCCCUGGGUAGGAGGACAGCCAGUAUAUGCACCAAUGACCCACGCUUCCUCCCAGAUGAACCCGCUACUCUACCCAGGGUCUGUUUCAGGGAAGAGUAUCCCUCUGAAGCCCAUGCCUCUCCCCCCUCCUCAGUCUUCAGCUUACAGCAUGCCCCCUCCCAGUGUCCACACUCCUGCCAACAGCAAUCACGUGCUCGAUUACCUGGAGAACCAGGUGAGGGGGAUGGACAUGACCAGUCCACUGCUGCAGUCACAGCCACCUCCACCUCAGCACAUGCAACACAUGCCACCUCCUCCCCAGCACAUGCCCGCAGGCGUCCCAUUCUCCCCCGGCCCUCCCAGCAUGAUCUCUGCCCUCGAUGACGGCCCAACAGAGCGACGCAUCAUCACACUGCCACCAAUAAGAGAGACGUCCAGAAUCCCACCUGCAGCCCCCAAGACUCGCCCUCCGAGCUCCAGCGAGAGCAGCCGCAGCGGCUUUGGCCGUCGUGAUGAGCGAGGAGCGGCAGGAAGGCGUUACCCCUCACCAACCCGGUCUAGAGGCAUUCCCAGAAGCUACAGCGAGGAGUCACUGGACGGACGGAGUCAUGGCAGGCCACACGGAGGCAUGGAUCGCCCCCGCUCUCGCUCCAGGGAUGACCUGUUUGACAGCAGGUCCAGAGGACACUACUCUCCCCCAGCGUCCAGGCGCUCCAGGGGAGGGUCCUGGAGCUCGGAUGAUGAGAUGAGCAGCAGGAGAGGAGGAGGGAGGAGAGGAGGUGGAGGCUGGGUUGACAAACCUCCAAGUUACACUGAGUACGAACCUGGACAGAAACCAGGAGCACGGAGGAAUGAACGCUACUCUCCUCGCAGUGGCACCAGUGUCGUCAUCUGAACCCUGCAGCUGUGAAACGCCCUGCGACCUGUUUCAGAGAAAAUGCACACCUCACUAGAACUGGGAGCCUUGUUGUCUGGCUGCUGGUAAACUAUUAUAUGCCAACAUUUUUAUAUUGAAAUGAAUCAUGAACCAACUCUUUUAGCACCUGUUUGAUACCUGGAAAGCUGGCAGAAGGAUUCAUGAAAUGUGAUAGAAAGAUUCAGAAAUUUGGCAAAAUCCUCAAAGUGUGCAGGUGGUGAAGCAAAUAUUCAUGUCAAUAAGGAAACCUAUUUUGAAGUCAAUAAGUGGUUUGUUUUUUUUAGAUACUAAUGUAAGAUAACCAUGCAAAUCUUCUACUGAACUGAUUUUUUGGACUAUACCCCCCUCUGCUGGUUCAGCAGAAUCUGCUGAGGUGAUUUGGACUUAAUGUCUUCUUACAUGAGGCUUUAAUGAAUGUUUCUCCUCUUGAAACACUAUUUGUUAGACAGUAACACAGCUAAGUCUUAUAUUUGAUAAAGCCAUAAAAUAUUAAGUUUCGGAGAAAUAACCUCAGGGCUAGUAAAUAAGCAAAUUGUUAUUGUUAAACCCACAUAAAUAUGAAUAGUCGUGUGUAUGUUGGAGGUAGCUUUUUGUCAUUUUUUGUAAAUAGUUAUUUCAUGUCUCCUGGAUGUCUUGAAGUUAUUGUAGUGUGUUUGUUAUUUACUAAUGUUUUGAAAGAAAUUGGUGCGCCAUUAACUUCUGAGGUACCAACACUUAGUGCUUAGAAAUAAUUGUAAACACUGUGUGUAAAUAAGGAAGGAAAUGAAAUAAUGUCAGAAAUUCCCAAAACCUUUUUUUUUUUGUUUUAAAUUACGCAGCAUGAUAUGAAAAUGUAAUACUGAUUUUUUCUCAAGUGUACAUUUCCUGAAACUUGUCUUGUUCAUUUUUCUCAUUUUGCAUUAUGGUAUAUUUUAGAAAUACACACUAAACUAAAAAAAACACACACACUUACAGGUGGAAUUAUAGGUGUUGACUCCACUGUUGACAUUUUUUAAAUAAUUUUUAUUUCUCUUUUGUGUUUUACAUUGUACAGUCAGUUUGUUUUUAUUAUUGAUAUUGAAAAUAAACCGUUUUACCUUUUGGGUAUGACAACCA